CACUUCUACGUAGCAAAGGUAUAAAUGUAGUUUAUCUAUUUAAUUGGUCAAUUAUAAAGACAUAUCGAUGUUUUCCUUCUUUUUAAACGGAAGCGUUAAUAAUAAAAAUAGAUUUAACUAGGCUUUUAUGCACCGCAAAGCAUUGCAUUAAUUUUAUACUAAUCUAACAAAAAAAAUUCAAUAAUUCAAUACAAAUAUAAAAGUUAUUACUUUUAUGUUUGUAUUGAAUUAUAAAUUAUUCUUGAUAAUUGUAUAUAUAUAUAUAUUUUUUUUUUUUUUUCCGGUUGGAGGUAGUUGCGCGAACACUAUUCAAAACUGCUCCAAGUUAAAUUUUGCUUUAAAAAUAGAUUAAGACCUCAAAAUUGUAACUUUAUGAAAUUAUCUAAGCUAUAAACAACACACUUCACUUGCCGGAUAAAACUUUCGCUUUUACUUCUACUAUAAUUACAAGAAUGCCGAUGGAAAACCUGAGCUUACAAGAAACCAGAGAGGAAUUCACCAAAAGGAUGCAGGAGUUCGAGGGACGACUACAGAAGGCAACCCUUUCGAGCCCCGGGGCAGCGAACAUCGCUUCUGACUUCGCUGUCUUUAAACAGAUGACACUGGAGAGUCUGCAGUCUUUGCAACACCAAGUUGACUUGCUGGCUAAGGAAGUUGAUUUGCAGGAAAUGCGUAGCCGACGGAAAAUUUUGUUGCUUCAUGGCGUCUCAGAGAGUGAUCAAGAGGACGUCGUCUCGUUGGUAUGUGGUGUUGUUGGUGAUCAAAUGAAAUUGGAGUUUUCAACGGAACAUAUUAGCCGGUGUCACAGGAUGGGACGUAUAACAACUAGUAAGAAAGCACGUCCACUUUUGGUGAAAUUUCGUGAUAUCAAUAUUCGCGACAGGAUCUGGUCCAAUAAAACAAAAUUGAAAGGCACCAAUAUUUCCUUAUCUGAGUUUUUGACAAAAACUAGGCAUGAUACAUUUAUAGCGGCCAGACAACGCUUUGGUGUCAGAAAGUGUUGGACGCGUGAUGGGUUCAUUCACGUCCUUGGAUCCGACGGAGUGCGGCACCGUAUCAGUAGCAUGGCUGAACUGGGUAGGAUUGUGGUACCAGAACCCCAAAAACCAGUUCCAGUUGCGGCAAAAACAGAUAUCGGCGUCAGCAGAACGAAACGAGUUCAAGCAACCAGGAAAUAAGUGUUAAUAAGAGAUAUUUCAUUUUUGCGGGUCGGUGAGUGAGUUUGUAGUCCUUACAUUAAUAGCAUUACCCAUUUUUUUUUAUUUAUUUCAAUCAAAUAAUCAGUAAUAAUAUAAUAAUCAGUAAUCAUAUACUUUUACCCACUAUUUACUAUUAAUAAUUAAGCAGUGAUGGCACAGACUUAUAUAAAAAAAGGGGGUACCCCGUGAUUUAAAUUUUUUAAAUAAGGUAAGUUGAUUAUCUUAUUCUACCUUACAUAUUCUGAAUCUAUAAAUGUCAAUUGUCAGCUAUCAGAUAAUAUCUUAUUAUCUUAGAUAUAUAACUUUACAAUUUAUGCACAGAUAAUAUAUUGUGAAACUCGUAAAAAAUUGUAUAGUCUGUCUUUAAAUUUUGAAUAGAUAAAUCGCUUAUUUACAUUUACUUAUUUAUGCUCAUUAUUAUAUCGGCACAGACGAUAUCGACAUUGAUUGACAAGCUUAGAAGGAA